AUGGGUCUCUCAAGAACACUCGUCCUUGCCCUCCAGCUGUCUGCUGUCCUCGGCCUCCCGACACCUGCCUCCCAAGACACGAGCAUCACCAAGCCUCGACACGUCGUCGACCAGGUCUAUCCUCGCUCGGUGGCUGAGAUUCUGCAGACUCGAAACAAGAACAAGACCAAGAAUAAGAAUAAGGCCGGUGGUGCGGGAGCGGGAGCCGCUGCUGGCGGCGCCGUCGGUGGUGCAGCUGGUGGAGCAGCAGGCGGCGCGGCUGGUGGCGCUGCAGGUGGUGGCAAAGCCGAGGAGAAGAAGAACGAGGUUGUUCAACAGGGAACAUUCGGCAAGACUGUCAACCUCCAAGGUGGCAACCUCAAGCAGGACACCGAGUUCCCUGCUACCGUGGGCAAAUUCGAGGUCGAGUUCCAGAACGCUCAAGGCGCGACCCUGGACGUGGCUCAAAACAAGGCUCCCGGAGGUGCGGCGCCUGCCGGCUUCAAGUUCCUGGAUCCCACCUCCUUCACGGUCAACCUGAAGGAGGGAGGCACUAACUUGACCUUGGGCAAGAUCGAUUACAUCUUCGACACAGCGAACGCUGCUCUCAAGGGCGUGGAUCUGACAAAGUCUACUGUCGGCAAGCUUUGCGCCGGCAACAAGGUCUUCGUCGCGGACCCCGCCAUCGGAGAGCUAGAGUUCGAGGCCGAUGAGAAUGAGGUCACGCUCAAGGCCAAGGACAUGAACGGCGAGUGGGCGAUCCUCAUCCCGAACGCCGCUGGGGCCGCUGCGGGCAACGCUCAGGCUGGCAAGACUGGCCAGGCUGGCCAGGCUGGCCAGGCUGGGGGCAAGACUGGCGCAGAGACCGGUGGCAAGGCGGAGGGCGAGAAAAAAGGGGAGAUCAACCUGACUGGCGCGUUCAACAAGAACAUUGCCGUCACGGGCGGUAACUCCAAGCAGGACAUUCUCUUCCCCGCUGAUAUUGCCGGUUCGCUAGAGGUCGAGUACAACGGCACCGCAGCCAACACCAUCAAUGUUGUCAACAAGCCCGCCUCGAUCGCUCCUCCCCCCGGCAUGCUCUACGUCGACGGUCAGACAUUCGUCAUCAAGGCCCAAGGCAAGCCUGCUGCUGGUGACAUCCUGAAGGUCGACUACAUCUUCACCGAGGCGGUCAAGGGCGCCAUCGACCCCAGCAAGGCCGUCACCGGAAAGCUGGACGCCGCUACCAACCAGUUUGUCACCACGGGGCUGGGCAAGUUCGAGUUUGAGGAGGAUGAGAACGAGUGGUCGCUCACCGUCCCCGAUCUCAACGGCGAGUGGGCCAUUCUAGUGCCCCAGUCCGCGGUUAAGGCCAGGGCUCGAUCAGGAUGA